UUUCAAAAUGACCAGCUAGCGGAUGUUCGAGGGACCAUGAGCCUUAACAAUAACAAAGAUUAGCCAGCAAGCCUGUGAUAAUCCAACUCAGGGGCAAAUCGGUCACCAACAAAUCCCAACGAAAGUUAUAUAUACCACGACGGCGUUGUCAGGUCCUGCCCAUGCUUCUUCAGAGUAAACCUGACAAACCGUUAGUCAACUAUAUUACAUCACUCACUGUUAGAGAGAAAACUUCGAACCUAUGCUAAACGCACAGAAAGAGAGAUAAAACCAUCACAAAAACCAUGGCCACCUUCUUAUACAUUACGUUGAUAACGUUUUUAGCCACCGCUUCCGCCGUUAAUAGCUGCCCUCCUUCUGACCGUGCCGCCUUGCUGGCCUUCAAAGCAGAUCUACACGAGCCUUACUUGGGCAUCUUCAAUUCUUGGACCGGCACCGAUUGCUGCCAUGAUUGGUACGGCGUCAGCUGCGACCCAGAGACCCACCGGGUUGCGGAUAUAAACCUCCGAGGUGAGUCCGAAGACCCCAUCUUUGGAAAAGCUGGCAGAUCCGGUUACAUGACCGGUACAAUCUCCCCUUCCAUCUGUAAGCUAGAGCGCCUUUCGAGUCUCACAAUAGCAGAUUGGAAAGGGAUCUCCGGGGAGAUCCCCCGCUGCAUCACUUCACUUCCUUUUCUACGGAUUCUUGAUUUAAUCGGGAAUCGGCUUUCCGGUGAUCUUCCUGCUGACAUAGGACGGUUACAGAGAUUAACCGUGCUGAAUGUCGCCGAUAAUCUUAUAUCCGGUGAGAUCCCUCGUUCUUUGACGAAUCUUUCUAGAUUGAUGCACCUGGAUUUGCGUGGCAACCGAAUCUCAGGUCCACUUCCUCGAAAUUUCGGACGUCUGAGGAUGUUGAGCCGCGCUUUGCUCAGCCACAAUUAUAUUAGCGGGUCAAUACCGAGUUCUAUUUCGAAAAUUUACCGUCUUGCUGAUCUGGAUCUUUCAUUGAAUAGACUAUCGGGUGCUAUACCUCCUUCUCUAGGUAGAAUGGCGGUAUUAGCAACACUAAAUUUGGACGCUAACAAACUUUCAGGGCUUAUACCGGCAAGCUUGUUUAAUUCCGGUAUUAGCAAUUUAAAUUUGAGCAAGAACGCAUUCGAGGGAUAUUUGCCGGAUGUUUUUAGUGCGGGCUCCUACUUUACGGUUCUUGAUUUAUCGUAUAAUAAUUUUCGAGGGUCAAUACCGAAAUCUUUAUCGACGGCAUCGUAUAUCGGACACUUGGAUCUCAGUCACAACCACCUAUGUGGGAAAAUUCCACUAGGCUCUCCGUUCGAUCAUCUUGAAGCGUCAUCGUUUGCUUAUAAUGAUUGCCUCUGCGGAAAACCACUUAAAGCUUGCUAGACAUCGCCAUGGACUGAUGUUGAAAUUUGGUAAUAUGUUUGUAGUAAUAUAUGUAACAGACGUGGAAUAUGUGUGCGUGUUUUUAUUAUUUUUUUAUUUUUUACUUUUUAGAGUUUGAUUAUAUUUGUGUUUGGUUACGUUAUUACGGGAAUGAAAGAUACCAUGCAGGUAAUUUUGCA